AUGAGUGAUAUUUUCCUUUUUCAGAUAUUCGAAAGUUCUAUGAACCAAGAGCUGGAGGCCAAUCAACAGCGUAAGCGGCGAAAAUAUACGGACGACGCUGAGCGGAAAAGCAUUCAGUGUGAAAACGGAAACGGACAGCAAGGAGCUGAAUGUGUAGAGGUCAACGCCAAACCUCAACAACGGCGGCGCGAAAAAGGCCACUGUGAAGAAGCUGGGACAGUCCAUAAACGACACAGCACUGAGGACGAGGAAAAACGAAUUGCUCGACUUGAAGCCAACGCCAGGAGGCAACGCCUUCGUCGAGAAAACGAAACUCCUGAAGAACGUGCAGCUCGUUUACGAGCUAAUGCCUUACGUCAGCGGAGAAGGCGCGAACAAGAAACCAUGGAGGAACGGGCCGCACGUCUACAAGCGAAUGCACAAAGGCAGCAACGACUCCGUAUGAAAGCGGUGAGUCCGGCAGCGCGCUCUGCAAAACAGGAAAACGAUCUACCAUCAUUGCCAACUCUAUUACCACCAGAACAAAAUGCUUGUAUUCCCCAUCAACAACCACCUCUUCCCUAUCCAUUCACGAUUUCUUGUGAUCCGAAUAUUUUCGCAUGUCAACAAUGA